AUGAACAACAAUCAUAAUUCAACCAUCACCAGUACCAACAAGGAAGAACAAGUGUUGGAGGACAUACCAAUGGGAAGUUCUUUGGUUCCACAUUCAAGCCACAAUUUUUGGAAAUUAGAAAGUAUUCAUAAUCCGGUGUAUCAUGUUCAUGAAGAUCACGAAGAUCACUUGUAUACAGAAGAAAAACAUAUUUAUUUAAAAGAACACAGAUUUCAUAAAGCUUCCCAUGAUAAGUAUAAACAUGCUUUGGAGAAAUUACCUGAUGGACCACUCACAAAAGAAAAUCAACCUAAAAUUCAUAUAACACAAGAGGAGGAAAAGAUUUUCUCAUUCUUAUUGGAAGUAAAUAAUCAUUUCAAGCUGGGAACUACUUUAAGAGUUGCUGGAGGUUGGGUAAGAAACAAAUUAUUGGGAUUGGAUGGUGAUGAUGUGGAUAUUGCAAUUGAUAACAUGAUGGGAGCUGACUUUGCUAAUUAUGUUUCACAAUAUGAAAAACUCAAGGGCUUACCUUCCAAGGCUAUUGGUAUCAUCAGUGCCAAUCCAGAACAAAGUAAACACUUGGAGACAGCCACUACUCAUAUUUUUGGUCAAUCCAUCGACUUUGUAAAUUUAAGAAGUGAAGAAUAUGCUGAAGAAUCAAGAAUUCCAUCAAAUAUCAAACUUGGAACUCCACUUCAAGAUGCUAAUAGAAGAGACUUGACUAUCAAUGCUCUCUUUUAUAAUUUGAAUGAACAAAUUAUUGAAGAUUUUACUGGAAAGGGUAUGCAUGAUAUGAAACAUAGAAUUGUUAGAACUCCACUCCCACCAGUCCAAACAUUUUUGGAUGAUCCAUUGAGAGUUUUGAGAUCUAUCAGAUUUGCUUGUUUCUUUGAUUUUUUAAUUGCUGAUGAAAUAAUGGAUGCUGCUCAUAACCAUGAUGUUGAUGUUGCACUUGCUGAAAAAGUCAGUAGAGAACGAGUGGGUACAGAACUUUUGAAAAUACUCAAGGGACACGAUCCAGUUGGUGCCUUUGCCUUGAUUGGAGAAAUGAAAAUCAGGCACAUUGUCUUUACCUAUUCUACUGGAGACAAGAAGAAGAAGGACCUAUUCCCUCGCGAAUAUAUUAAUCCAAUUCCAAUUGAGUGGAAGGACCAAUUACAAUGGGAAAAUUCUCUCUAUAGAAUGCGUGUCAUGAUUAAGCUUGCAAAGAAGUAUAAUCUCUCUUUAGAUGAAAGAGUAGAAUUAUUGCUUGCUGGUUUUCUUUCUCCAAUUACAAGUCAUGAUAUGUCGAGAGAGCAAAUUGAAGAAAUUUGUUACAACUUGAUUGUUUCAUCUCUGAGAUUACCUUUGAAAUUGGCAGGAAAUGUAUCAACAAUAAUUUACGGAGCUCAUUACAUUAAGGGUAAAGUAUUGGUUUGUGAGGAAAACAAGGCCAGUUUGGAUGAACAAUUCUUUGCUAAUAUCAUCUCAGAGGAUCGGGUAUUAGUUGGUAGAUGGCUGAAAAAUACUGUCAAACACUUGUAUGAUAAGUCUUUAAUGUUAUGUAACGUAAUCAACACUCAAGGAACUGAAUUUACUGAAAAGAGAUGUUUCAGAGCUGUCAAGUUCUUAAAAGCUCUCAACGAACAACAUGUCAAGUUAAUAGAAUUGAGUCAAUCAUCAUCCCCACUUAAAGGCAAUGAAAUUUCAACUGCUCUUGAUGUUCCUCCUGGACCAAUCAUUGCUGAAGUUGGAGAAGAUUUGAGUACUUUCAUUUUCCAAAAUUAUCCUCAAAUUGUGGAUAGAGAACAAGCUUUCGAAUGGCUUGCUGAAAAUGCUCAAACUUAUAAAUCAAAAGCAGAACUCAAUCCAAAGAAGAAGCAAAAGAAAUAAAUUUAUUACACUUUGCCUACUUC